GUAUCUUUAACAACUUAACCCGGAAGAGCAAACAUGUCACCGGCAACACAACCUUUUCUUUUCCGCUCACAGUUCACCAUCGGUCGGAGCGUGGAUUUCGUCGCUGGGGCUCACAGAACCACUCAAAAUGAGCGUACCGGCAUUCAUCGACAUUACAGAAGAAGACCAGGCCUCAGAGCUGAGAGCCUACAUAAAGUCCAAAGGAGCUGACAUCUCAGAGGAGAAUGCAGAAGGUGGACUUCACGUUGAUUUGGCUCAGAUUAUCGAGGCAUGUGACGUGUGCCUCAAAGAUGACGACAAAGAUGUUGAGAGUGUCAUGAACAGCAUCGUGUCAUUGUUGUUGAUCCUGGAGACAGAGAAGCAGGAGGCCCUCAUUGAAAGUCUGUGUGAGAAACUGGUGAAGUUUCGUGAAGGAGAAAGACCCUCCCUCAGAAUGCAGCUGCUGAGUAACCUGUUCCAUGGCAUGGAUGAGAACACUCCAGUGAGAUACACUGUCUUCUGUAGCCUCAUCAAGGUGGCUGCCACCUGUAAUGCCAUUUCCUUCAUCCCCACCGACCUAGAUCAGGUGCGCAAAUGGAUUGUUGACUGGAACCUGAACACAGAGAAGAAGCACACACUUUUGAGGCUGGUGUACGAAGCAUUGGUUGACUGCAAAAAGAGUGAGGCUGCUGCAAAAGUGAUGGUUGAGCUUCUUGGUAGUUACACAGAAGACAAUGCUUCACAAGCGCGUGUUGAUGCCCACAGAUGCAUCGUCCGUGCUCUUAAAGACCCCAACACUUUCCUGUUCGAUCACCUUCUCACCCUAAAACCUGUUCGCUUCCUGGAGGGUGAACUCAUCCAUGAUCUAUUAACGAUCUUUGUGAGUGCAAAACUGGCUGCAUACGUCAAAUUCUACCAGAAUAACAAAGACUUUAUUGACUCUCUUGGUCUCAAUCACGAGCAGAAUUUGGCCAAGAUGCGUCUGCUGACAUUCAUGGGCAUGGCAGCCGAAUUCAAGGAGAUCUCCUUUGACUCCAUGCAGCAGGAGCUGCAGAUUGGAGCUGAUGACGUUGAGGCUUUCGUCAUUGACGCUGUACGGACCAAAAUGGUGUACUGCAAAAUCGACCAGACACAGCAGAGAGUUGUUGUGAGCCACAGCACACACCGCACCUUCGGAAAGCAGCAGUGGCAGCAGCUGCACGACAGGCUCAGCUCCUGGAAGGCCAACCUAGCAACCGUCAAGACCAGUCUCCAGGCCCUGUCACCGUCUGCCUAAUUCCUCAUUCUAGACUUUGAGACCCCCGGUCUUCACUGCUUUCCAGAUUCUCUCUAAUUUGAUCGGUUUUUGACAUUUACAAAAUAAAAUAUCAGUGAAGCUAA